AUGUCCAUCCUGAAGUCUCUGGAUGACCGCAUCUCUCUCUACGGCGAACGGCCGCGAGACCUGACCCCGCUGAGCGCGCUCAACGAAGUGUGCAAAGCGAAAGACCUGUACACGCAGGAGCCACAACACAUGGCGCCGUACCUUCCUGACAAGCUGAAGGUGACGAAGGGCGCCACCACCCCGCUCCCUUUAGAGUCCGUGCUCCCUGCCGGCGCUCUGCGACUGGCGACGGACUUCAAGAAACACGCGUUGAAGAGUGAGAGUGAGCUUGAGGCAGAUCGUUUGAGAGGCGUCUCUGUCACCCCGUACUGGUGUCCGGACCUGCGGCGCUCAAAGCAGUGCCGCCGCGAGCUGUUCGCCACGCUGUGCGACCGCCAGCUUCUCACCUUCAGGCGACGCAUCUUUUCGAGGGUCUCAAUCUUCUUCGUCUGGAAGAAGACAGGUAUGACCAGGCUGAUUGUGGACGCCCGCUCGACCAACGAGAAGUGCCGGAUGCCCCCUCACACUGAUCUGGGCACGAUCGCCGCCUUGGCGGACGUGGACCUCAGCCUGGCCGAGCUCUCCGAUAUCGCGGACGCCGAGCUGAGCACCGAGGAGGAGGCCGAGCUUCUCAAGGGGCAGGGGGGGCUUUUCUCUCUCCCCUUCUCUGGGAGCUCUCUGGACGUGGUCGACGGCUUCUACCAGUUUGACAACUGGCGUAUGGCGAGCUGGUUCGGGAUGGAUGAUCCCGACGAGGCUGGCGUCUACGGAGUCACCGAGGUCUGGGAUGACGACCUCGAGAAGAUGGUGCCGCUGCAGCCCACUGACAUCGUGUACCCCUGCUUCAGAGCGCUUAGCAUGGGUUUUACGUGGGCUCUCUAUUUUUGUCACUCAGCUGUGGAGCAUAUCGUCGCUGCCGGGGUCCCUGGAGGCGCUUCUCGCGCUGCUCGGGAGAAGCACCGGGCGCCGCGGGCCUCGUUUGCAAGCCCGAUCACCUCGACCUACGUCGACAACGCUGCCCUGCUGUCUGCUAAUACCAGUACUUCAGACCUACAGACUGUUCUUCAUCAGUUCUCUGCGCGUGACAUGCGCACACACGACAUAGUAGAGCACACCUUUGCGCUAGAGCACUUGGGCGCCGUCUUCGACGGACAUCGGCGUCUUCUGCAUCACCAGCCGCGCCGAGUGUGGCGGGUGUACCUGGCCGGCAAAGAACUACUCCGACGUCGGCGACUUCGAGGUGAGGUCCUUCGAGUCUGGAUCGGCCACGUGGUGCACCUCUUCAUGCUCAACAGGCCGGCGUUGUCCUGUCUGUGGGCAGUCUACCAGUUCAUCCAGCAUGCACUCGAGCGGCGGUGCCGGGUGUGGGGCUCUGUGCGCCAGGAGAUUAAAGUGAUUCUGGGUCUAGUCUUCCUCUGCCAGCGCGACUUGAGUGCUCCACGGUUGCGGAUGGCCUACUGCUCUGACUCCUCUGACUUGGGGUACUGCUUGGCGGUCACGAGCGCCUCGGAUGCGGAGCUCAGGGAGGCGGCAGCUUAUCACGAACGAUGGCGUUUCAUCGAGGAUCGGUCGGACCCGCGGUGCGAGCUGGUCCCCUACCUCGAGCUCUGCGACAGCGCUGGCCUCUCGCCCCUGGGGGGCUCGCCAGAGCCGUGGCGUGAGGAUCACGUGCCAUCCGCCGUGGCUGCUCCUCCUCGCCCUCCCACUCAGCUGGAGCGCCAGUAUCGGGAAGGAAGUGACAGGCUCGCCCCUGGAGGAGUUCGCCGAGCACUUCGAGAGCGCGUCCUGCGGGAGGAUCCUCGUCAGGUGCCCGCACUUGGUCCCAACUGGGACCCGCCCGAGCGCUGGAAGACCCUCUUCGAGCGGAAGUGGAAUGACCCAACUGAGCACAUCAACACCAAGGAAGGCAGGGUGAUGCUGGCGGGGCUUCGGCGUGCCUGCCGCAACCCGCGCUGCCACAAGAAGCGGCUCCUCUCCCUCUCCGACAGCCUGGUCGCCUGUUGCGCCUUUGAUCGAGGGCGUGGGCGAGGCACGGAGAAGACCAACUGGGGCCUUCGCUAUCUUGGCCAACGGGCAGCAGCUCUGCAGAUCGCCUGCGACAUCCAGUGGGCGACUCGACACCUCGAGGGAGUUCGCAACCCCACGGACGCGGGCUCUCGCCGUUUUGACAGAGGUGCUGACCCGACGGAGAGGGCACGCAACCUCGGCUUGGAGCGGGGCGGUCAUGACAUGGCUAUCGAGGCCCUCACCAUCGAGUACGGCGCCCCGCAGGACUUCUACGGGGCCUCCCACGGGCACUCCAAGGGCUUCAGCGUGUUCUUCGACUCCCGGCAGGACCUCCUCGGGGACUCCAUCAAGGGCCUCACCAGGGCCGUGGCCUCUCUAGGCGUUCCAAGUGGAGAAGGUAUCGAGCUCUCGAAAGGCCCCGAGUAUGACCUCUUGGACCCCGGCAUCAGGCUCGGCGCUCGACGACAGCGUCUCGCGCGUCCGCCUGCUGCACGACACGGGCCUGCCCCUCUGCCUCGGAACCUGGUCGAGAACAGCGUCUCGGCCGCCACCCUGCACACCUACAAGGCGGAGGUCGGCGAGUUCGAGGCUUGGGCAGCUGGCAGGGUGCGCAGCCUCCGCACGCACGAGGCGGCAGACUCUGCGAUGUCGGACUACUUCGAGUGGCUCUACGCCCAGAGAGAGCAGCCGCAGAUUGGCAGGUGGGCCCUGUACGGCUACGCGCUGCUGAGGCUCUCGCAUCUGGGCCGCGGAGGGCACGUCCUGCCCAGGGCCAAGGCAGCUCUUCGAGGUUGGAUUCGCCAGAUGCCCGGUCGCAUUCGUGACCCUUGUCCCAUCGAGGCGGCCUGGUUGAUAGUUCAAUGGCUUCUUCUCAAGAAUCAAGCUUUCUACUUCUGGUGUGCCCUUGCUGUGGUGUUGCAAGUGGAUACCUAUGUCCGCCCGGGCGCCCUGAUGGGCAUCAAGCGAGAAGACCUGCUGCCCCCAAUUCGCCAACGUGGCUCACGCUACACCGAUUGGGGCUUCGUUCUCUCUCCCAGCACCCGAGCUGGCAAGACCAAGUCUGGCGAGCAAGAUGACACGUUGGUCAUUGGUAUCCUCGACCGCACCUUUGUGAAGGAUGUAGCCGCUUUCUUGCAUGGGUCCGCUCACGAUGGUGAGCGAGUCUUCCGCCACCUCACACUUCCGUCUUACGAGAAGUCCAUCAAAGAAGCCUCAGAGGCGCUGGAGCUGGAUGCCCUGAGGCUAUUGCUGCCGGUCGCCAACUCCCGGACCUGCUCAAGCACGCUUUUCGCCAGUAUCGUUAACGUGCCGACCAGCUACCCCACCACCACCCUGGUCGCGCAGCGCGAGUACAGCCAGGCCGUGAGCCGGUGGAACUGCUCACGGGUGCCGCAGGGGCCCGCGGCGGCGCUGUUGCGGGCGAAGGACAGCCCGCACGAGCUGGAGGCGCUGAGGGCCCACGUGAAGUGUUGGCAGGGCGCGGUCAAGGACCAGGCUUGGCUCGGCUGGUAUGACAGGAAACGCGCCUGGUUGCGCGAAGACCUCGACCUGGCAGAGGAGCACACAAGGUUGUUGCAGGAGGAACUGGCAGCGCUGACCGCGCUGGGGAGCCAGUUGGACGGCGUGGCGAGGGGCGUCGCCGCGGCGCUCCAGCAGCAGCGCGGCCGCGGCGACAUCGACCGGGGCGCCUGGAGGCUCCACGACAUCGAGGGCGAGGAGCUGAAGGCGGCCCAGCGCGAGCGCGAUUUCAUGCGGCGCAAGGCGCCCGAGGCACAGGCCGACCUCGAGGCCGAGCGGCAGGUCGCAGAGGACCUCGCCCGCAGGCUCGAGGAGGCGCGCUCCGUGGCUGCCCGGGAGCGCGACGCGGCCCGCGAGGCGCAGGUCGCGCUGUUGCAGCAGAGGGCCCACCGGGUGGAGCUGCAGAGGCAGAGCUGCCUGCGCACCUGCAGGGUGACCAGGGCCACCGCCACCAGGCUCGACUUCACGCUCCGGGGCGGCGCCCGGGUGAGCAUGCAGGCGGCCGCCGACGGUUCCGGCAGCGUCUGGGCCGCCCUGGAGGUGCUCCCUGCGGCCGGCACCGCGGGCGUCGACGUGCAGGGGCUCCGCGAGCAGCUCUUCCGCCGCGCCUGGAGCCAGCUCCCCGCGGGCACGGCGAAGGGCUGCGGCGCGGCCGGGACCCAGGGCAAGUUCGAGGCCGUGGUGCCCUCUGCUCAGGUGCCUCGCGUGCUCCGCCUCCUGGACUCCGCCGGCGUGAGGAUUGCCGACCAGCUCCAGGCGCUGCGGGAGCUCCGCAGGUCUCGACCAGAGGCCAUUCGCGUGGCAGCCCGCGCAGAUGGCGACGUUCUGGUCGUCUCCGCGGCGCUCGUCGUGUGCGACUCGCACGCGGUGACCGCCGGGCCGGGCGGCAUCGUGGAGCUGGCGAGGGCCUCUGUCAAAGGCCGCAGCGCCGCUGGGGCGGCCGCCGUGGACGCGACCGAGUGCGUCAUCGAAUUCGGCGUGGACGUGGCAGGCUUCCCCGACGUCGCGAAUUACUCCAACAUCUCCGCGCGACAGGUCUUCGGUCGCGCUGGAGCUGCCAGCGCUGCUGCCAAGAGCCUCCAGCGCUGGGCCAGUGCCGCCAACGCGGAGGGGAGUGACAGCCUGGCCGAAUUCUUGUCCGUCGCUGUGGAUGCGAUGCGGCAGUGA